CCAUUUAUAUCUUUUUCCGGUGUAAACAAAAUUGUAACACUACACUAAUCACAAUGCAUUUUCUGCCUCAUGUAAGAUGGAAUUUCGUGAUGUUCACAGUGAUUUCGUGUUUUAUACUUCACUAUGAAAAUUCAGCAGCCAGUAAUCUGAAAUGUGAAGACCUGCUGAUGGGACAGUACUACUGUAAAGAACCACUUAUAGAUGCGGAAACCCAGGCAGAGGUUAACUGUGAAUCAAAGACAAAAACUACACCUACAGAAUGCAUCAUAGCCGAAGGCAUCAAAUGUAUUCCACAGCAUUCAGAAACUCCUUACACCUUCAAUGGAACUGAAGUUGGUUUUUACAGACAUGUGCCGUGCAGAUGGACUAAUGGAUAUAACUUUGAGACUGCUUUGCUUCUGUCUGUAUUCCUAGGGAUGUUUGGUGUAGACAGAUUUUAUCUUGGAUACCCUGCAAUUGGACUUCUGAAAUUUUCUACUUUAGGCUUCUUUUUCCUAGGACAAUUGAUUGAUAUAUUGCUGAUAGCUCUGCAGGUGGUGAAACCCUCAGAUGGAUCUGAAUACAUCAUGAACUACUUUGGUGUUGGAUUGACUCGGAUUCAGACAAAUAAUGAUACUUACAUCAAACCAGAUGAAUCCUGGAAUAUAUCAUAAAAAAUAAUUAAAUCAUUGUUAUACAUAUAUUUUUUUUAUGAGUUAAGAUUUAAGUCAUCUUAUCAUCCCCAUUUUUUACAUUUUUUAACAUGUAUGUAAUUGGUUGGCUUUCACAGUUGUUUUUCUCUUCAUCCUCUUAAAAUUCUUUGCUGUAAAUCAAUGUAGUGUGUAUAGUAUAUAUUUAUUAUCUCUGCAAUGAUGUUUUUUAAUGUACUGUAAACAAAGAUUUUUCACAAGUUUUACUCACAAUUUUUCAGUUUGUAAUAAAUCAGUGACUAGUAAAUCAUUCUAAAAAAUACACAAAUGAAUUAUUCAUUGCUAUAAAAUAUUGUAGUAAUACCUGCAAUUAUUUUUUUCUUUCCUAGCAUAUAGAAGUUUGUACACAAUACUGGUGAUUACUUGGGGUUCGACCUGAAAGCAACUAGAAAUAGCCAUAAUCUUUCAAUCAAAGUAUGUCUUAAAUUACCAGUAAUUUACAGUUCAUGCUCACGUGACUUUGUGAGCCUUUACAUACACGUAAUUGAUGUUUUAUAUAUUUUUUGCCAUAUUAGAUGUGAUUAUUUCACAGUGGUUUAACUUACGAGG